AUGAUUAAUAAAAAUUUAAAUCUACAUUUACAACUUAAUAAAUUAGAAUUUAAUCCAAAUAAUUCUAUUUCACAACCAUUUACUCCAAUUGAUCAAACUUUAAAAACUCCAAUGGAAGCACCUGCAAAUCCUUUAGUUCCUCCACCAUUACAUCAUCAAAAUUCAUAUAAUAAUCAAAAUCAUCAAGGAUUUUAUCAAAAUCCUCAAUAUAAUGAAAGUGAUGAUAUUUUAACAGAUAUUGAUGAACCAAAUAAUAAUCAUCAAAAUAAUAUACAAAAAAAGAAUCCAUAUUUAACAUCAUCAUCAAAUGGGUUAAAAAAUUCAUCAAUAUCUAAUUUAUCACUUAGUGAAAUGAAUAUAAUGAAUUAUAAUCAACAACAACAAUUACAAACUCAAAAUGGAGGAUCACAAUGUAAUUCAUCAAUAAGAUCAAGAUCAUCACUGAUAAAUUUAAGAAAACAAUCAUUAACAAGAAACAAUUCAAAUAACUGGUUACACAUUGGUAAUAUGAAUCAAAUAAGAGCAAACCAUAAUAAUAUUAACAACAACAAUAACCUAAAUAAUUUUGAUUUUAAUAGAAGUACUGAUUCAUUAAUGGAUUAUGUACCUUCAUCAAUUAUAGCUAAAACUUCUGCACCAAUACAACAACAACAUUUAAACUCACAAACUCCACCACCUUUACAACAUCAAAUUAGUGAUUCAGAUAUUCCAAUAUUUACAAGAAGUAGAAGUUCAACAAAUACAAAUUUAAGAAAUAAUUUAUCAAUAGAUACAAAUUUUAGAAAUGGUUGUUAUAAUAAUAAUAACAAUUAUGGUAACUUCCCAAAUUCAGGAUUUGCAUUAGAUUCUCCAUUUUUAUCAACAAUAACUCCAAAUGAUGAAUAUUUUAAUUAUAAUAAUUUUCAACAACCACAACCAAAUCAACAACAACAACAACAACUUUCACAGCCUACUACUCCAAUACUAGAACAACCAUCAAUGGAAGAAAUUAAUGUACCUAAUCAUGUAUCAUUAAGUGAGAAGAAAAGAGAUUCAUUGAAAUUAAAAAGAGGUAUUCAUUAA